AUGCUGAAGACACUCAUCAUCUCUCUCUGUCUUGGGGCUAAAGUACAUGCAGGUAUGACCGCCUUAAUAAUUAGAAUAGAUGGUUCGACAGUUGUGUAUGUACAUAAAUACAUACUUUUAGGAAGCAUCGCCCCUUCCAUCUUUACAUCAACAGCCGCUGCUCAAGAAGGCCAUAGCCUCUCUUCUGCAAACACAUCAUCAUUCUUCGAUGUCGAACUGGCCAAGAUAGCCGCUACCUGUCUAACCUUUCAAAACUAUGAACAACUAGCGGGCAACAUUGUGCGGCACGGCGUCGCGCGAUCAUCGUUUGGCGCGUAUUUAGUAAGAGAAAGCGUGGCUACAAUAGGUCUCGCAGAGAUGCGUGCAGCACUCGCUUUUGCGCCGCCGCGACCGUGGCAAUACUUUAACGAUACGAAACCGAGUGAAGACGAGCUGUCGGCCACACCGACGAUCGAAGCCUACUACGACCUGAGAGAGCCGCGCUCGUUGGAAAGAAGUCUCAAUAGCACUUACUUGCUCGAACACAAUAUGAUUUCUGCCAUCGCCUAUUUGGACAAGAGGUUUCCGGUAAUACGCACGAUGUUUAGGCUUAAAUUUGGAGAUAUUCUCCAGCAAAAUCCAGGAUUAACGGAUAGGAAAAUUGUUGAUCGCCUUAUUGACGAGUUUGUCGCAAUUAAGCGCAAAGCACAUAGCGCAAUCAGGCAGAUGUUUGCUAGAGGAGAAGAAUGUUUGGAUGUAGUCGAUUAA